AUGCCGUCCUGUACGUAUGACUGUAAGGGGGACCCAACGCGGUAUGUGGCUGCGUUUGAAAGUCACAUGUUGCUAUAUACCGACACCGAUGCUAUGUGGUGUAAAGUUUUCCCUACGACUCUUAUCGGCUCAGCUUCGGAUUGGUUCUCCAAUUUAGAGCUGGGGUCAAUUGACUGCUUUGAGACCCUGGUGGAGUUGUUCACGGGUCAGUACAUAAGUAAUAGUGCGAGACAAAGGACAUCUGGCGAGCUCAUGGCUAUUCGGCAACGAAAGGAUGAGUCGCUCAGGGAUUUCAUUAGACGCUUCAACAACGAGGCUAACACUAUACCAAAAUUGCAGCAAGAAAUUGCCGUGAUGGCACUGAUGAAUGGGCUGGAUGACAACGACUUCAAAAAAUAUAUGUCGCGGAAGUCUUUCCCAAACUUUGGGGUAGAAUUUGCCAAAGCUCAUGAAUACAUAAAGAGUGAGGAGCUGCUGAAAACGAGCCGUCAGAUAUCGUCGACAGAGCCCUCUAAAAGGCAAAAUGAUAAUAGCUCGAAUUCUCAGAUGGGUGGGAUAAACAGGGUGCUACCGCAAGGCCAGCAGAGAUCCGGAAGGCCGACACGGGGAUUGGGUCGUUAUAGUAGUUAUACGCAGUCAAACACCCCGAGAGCGGCAAUAUAUUCAAUAAACCAGAAUAGAGAGGAUUGGAGUCGACCGACACCGAUGAUAACGAAGGGCCGAGACGUGAAAAAAUAUUGCAUGUUUCAUAGAUACGUUGGUCAUUACACCGAAGAACGUGUUCAGUUAAAAGAGAACAUUGAAGAUCUCAUAAGGAAAGGGCGAUUAUCCCAGUAUCGUACCCAGGCAGGCCCUAGCCGACAACAAAAUUCACAGCCUAGACAAAUCGAAUACCGAAAGCAGGAAGAUCCAUCAAUGCAAGAUGAUAUUUACAGACAGAAUCAUGCGAAAACAUCUAGACAGGGAGGUAAUCCGACAGGGCGUAAAAUAACAAUCGACGUUAUUACGGGAGGGCCGGUAUAUGGAGGUUCCGUAAGCGGGGCAAAGAAGAGUUUGUAA